GAGGAGCUCUAGAGCCUUGGGCUCAGACUGGCUGGGAUUUGGAUGAACAUACCGAGAUGAAUCUUACUCUCGAGGCAUAUGCAACAUUAGCUUUCCUUCAGGCUGAUAUCGAGAUUGGACAGUUGCCAGAAUCCAGCGACUGUGGCGCUACCUCGUCUGUUGCGAUCAUCCAUUCGCUCGACAUCCCAGAAUCACCUUUUUACUCUGCCAAUUGGCUCUCCGUUACUGUUGCUCAUUGCGGAGUUAUGCCCAUGACCGCCAAUCAUCACGCAGACGAGCGUGGAGAAUCGUCACGACUACGAAGAGUCGGUGGUGGUAUGGUGAUGGACUCAUUUGGUGAUACGCGCUGGAUGGGAAAUCUUGGAGAUCUACGGUUUAAACCAUUUGGAGUAACUCCAGAACCAGAGGUCCGGACACAGGUAGUGAGGGGCGUCGCUGCCUCUUCAAUGAUUCUCGUUUCUGAUGGUGUCUCUGGCAUCCUUUCCGAUAACGAGAUAUCCGACCUAGUCCGAACUAAGUCCAAUAUGGGCCCAGCUGCUAGUGCAAAGGAGCUUGUAAACUUUGCCGAGGAACUGGGCGCAGAUGACAACUGCACUGCGCUUGUUAUACCGCUCCCAGGGUGGGAAACCAAGGUUAAAGAUGGGACCAAGAAGCUGCGUGAAUACCGACUUAGUGGAGCCGCAAGUAGUGGACGACAACGUAGAAUGUAA